AUGCAAUGGUGGCUGCAGGAAGCGUGGCUGGGGGUGGAAAAGUCGGAGUCCCAGCAAUGCCAAGCGAUUGUGUCGUUGAAGCAAGCAAGAGGGGUCCCGACACCGUACGACAAGCGGCAGCAAGAUGUGGUCGGUCGGAAAGUCCGCGUAUGCUUUUUCGACGUCGGGGACGUUUCCGGAACGGUCGCUGCGUCCAACAUCCGCCCGAUGCAUGGCAACAUUGUGGGCAACAUUCACGAGAUACCCGUCGCGUGGCACAAGAGUGAAGAAGAUGUGUGGAACUUUUCCAAGUCGUCAACGAAAGCCGACGACUACAAAUUCAUUAUGCGCACGAACGCCCCCAAGGACGACCUAUUCUUGUUCAUCGAGUUUAUCGUGGACUUGGUCAGCGAUUCAGCAACGGAACUGAAGCGCCAAGAGCGCAAGCAGGCGAAACCCACGGGUGUCUCGCCGUCGUCGGAGACGAUUGAAAUGACGUGCUGCUGGGCCAAAGUACCGCUUGUGAACUUGCUAUCGUCCACCGUCGACAUCAUUCGGUUGGAGGAACCGCUGUAUGGUGGUACCAUCCUGAACCCUGUCGAGCUGGACGAAGACGAGAUUUCCAGGCGACGCUAUGGGUGGCGAGCGAUUGCCAAGGCGCUGAAGCCGUACACCCCGCCAAAAUUGUCGAUCAAGAGUUUGCAAAUCCCAAAAUUGAGUGCCCAGGAGAAGCUACAGAUCGCGCAAUUACCAGCGACGGUCGUUGUUCCCUACAGCGCCGUCCCGAUUUUGCAAGAUUACAUGCACUUGAUGGUGUCUGUGUUGUCGAAUCCGCAAAGCGCUUCAUCCGUCCACACUUGCGAACCAGCCCUCAAGCUCUUUCCCAAGAUUCUGGACGACCAUAUUGCGUACGAGGCCUUUCGCGCAGUGUUUGACAGCGACAUGCGCGGUCCAUUCAAGACGCCCGCCGAUCGAGUCGAGCGAUUCGGUGACUUGGUGCUCCGAAUGUGGCCAGCGUUUAUUGUGCCCAAACCACGUAUCACCGACGACGAGACCAAAGAGAGCGAAUCCAAAGACGAACGCGCCAAGUACUUGACCAGCAUGGCCAAAGGAAAAUACGGUCUUCGCGAUGUCAAAGACACAAGUGUGCCGUUCCAUGUGCGCGAAGUGUCGUUCCAGAGGUUAAUAUAA